GCCAUGCUCUUGUCUUAUGUCCUGUUGUUGUCAUGAGUGAUGAGGUUGGCUAUCAAACUUGGAGCAUGUUGUGUGCCGAAAAGACCUCCAGCCUCAUGUUAAGUCAUGUCUACAAAUCAAAGGGAGGUGACAACCAGACGAAGAUCCUCUCUCUUUGUUGGACGCACGAUAUCCCUUUUGGCUGCACGGACCGACAAAUCCGAAAGAUGUACUGAGUCUCGGCGACAUGAACCGGCGGUUGCUCCAUGCACCACCACAGUAGCAUUCAAGGGCUAUUCGGAGCCCCGUCGCGUAUUAUUGAGCUCGUUCAGCGACUCCACACACUUUAGAUUUGCUGGAAGUAAGUAGCCUGCAGUUGUCACAAGGUAGUUCACGAGUGCUUCGCCAUAGACGGAACUGGACUUGACUCGAAUCUUAGCAUGCAGCCUCCGUGCUCGAGGGAUCUCCGUGUCCGACGGGUAUAUGCACAAUUGGAAGGUUUCAUGCUGAGAAAGCACGGAGAUCAUUGUCAUGAAUGUUAGUACAGUGUGCAUUACUGCUCUCCUGCCAUUAGGUGAUAUCAAGCACGCGUUGUGUACGAAAUUCUGAAGCAGUAGCUGUGGACAGUGUAUGAUGCAUGUCAUGGAAG